GGAUAAUUCAGGAUCUAAGUUAUAUGAUUUUGGAGUAAACAGGAAGCUAUGCAUAAUGUGAUUAAUAACAGGCAACAAACAAAUUUAAUAGACAAAAUAUUUCACUAGAUAAUAAUAUAAGGAAAAAGUCCAUACCUUUAAUUAAUAUGUUACUUGUGAUACAUGAAUUGCAUUGAGAUUUUUAUUUCGUGUACACUUGUGUGAAAUUCAUGCUCAUUUUGAAUUCUGUACAUUUGUAGGAUCGGGGUGGUAUUUUUACCUCACAGCAAAUAGACACUAAUCAAGGUUUGACAGUGGGUGCAUUAUCAGGCACCAGUGGACCUAUGACUGGCAUAACAGCCUUGCCUGCAACAGGCCAUUCCUUCCCCAUCACCACAUACAUUCCGCCAUCAAACAUUCAACAGCAAGGGGGGAACAAGAAUGCUUCUGUUCAAUCAUCAUACUCUGUUCAGGCCAUGCCGGGGGGAGCCUUUACCACUAUCUUUGCACCGGGGACAUCGGUUCAGCUGGGACAGACACUUGCCCAAGGACAGCAACAGGGUUCUGUACAGGUUUUGACACAGCCAGCUGUACAGAUCCAGCGAGUACAGCAGCCCCAUAACCAGACAGUCCAAGUAAAUGCCGUCAACCCCACUACAUCAUCCAACACCAUCACCUUGCCUAUUGUCCAGGAUACAAGCCAAACUCAUGAACAUAAUGUGGACCACUCAUCUGGAUCACAAGGCAACAACUUGCAGUCUGUCGGAACUGUUGUGGUGCCUAUAGCAACCAAUCAAGAUGGAAGUGUUGUUUCCCUGGGAAAUGUUGUCCCUUCGUCCAUGAUGCUGUCGUCUUCGCAAGCAAGCCAAAUCCCGGUGAUGUACAGUGUGUAUGCAUCACCCUCAUCUGGACUGGUGACUGUAUCUAAUCUCUCUGACAGUGGCACAGAUCAGACCUCAGGGCACACCCAUCACUUGUCAGGAGAGGCAAGUGACAUAUCCCAGCAGACGCUUCCAGGAUCUCUUUCCCUUGCCACAGUUCAAGUACACCAGGACAUAAACUCUGGUGUGCAUGCGUAUGCCGCACAGGCAGUGGUCACUGAGAGCAGUGGCACUCAAACUGCCGAUGAUAUCCAUACUAUUGUAAGUGAUCAUGGGUCUCUAACUGUGGGUACAGACUCUGACACAGGCAUUGUCAAAAAUGAUUUGUCUGUGCCAGUGAAUUAACUUUCCAUUAGUUAACUUCGAGGGUAAACUUUUCAUUUUGGAAAAGUUCAGCAAUUUGAAGACCCAACAUGCUAAUAUGUGGUGUUUAGCAUCAUUAAUUAUUACAUUUAACAGAGGGUAAUAACAUUUUGAGCAGAAAAUGGUAAAUGAUAUCAGCCUUGUACUUAGCAUUUUAUGCACCCUAUCUGAACUUGCUAAAUUCAGAAUACAAUAGUAAUUAAUGUUAAACUCUGAAUAGGAGCAAGAUUUUUAGCUAGUUUGGUAAGUUAGACUACUUGUAUCACUAGCUAUAUAAUAAAACCCCAAAGUGUACAUAAUUGGCACUGAUCAAGCCACAACAUUCAGCUGAAAUCCUAAGCUCAAAGCAAAACUCGGAAAAAUACUUUUUAGAGUAGUAAAAACAGGUCUAAGAGCAAAGCACCAAUACCCGCUUGAAUACAGUAGAUUGUAAAAAGAUAUUUUAAUUUCUUUAUUUCCGUGUCAGAUCAAGGCGUUUUUUCGUCUCUGUGGUUUUGAUGACAUUUCCUAAGCAUCUGCUACUGUUGACUUUUCAUUGAAGGCAGAGUUCACAACCUGUUAACCGAACCUUUGAUGUUUGCCAAAUUAUGGUAAAAGGAAAGGAGAAUGUGGAAUAAGAUGAUAACAUUACAUCAAUUUCAAGGACUCUUUCCUGGUAUUAAUUUUUGGCAAAUGCAGAUGUAAAGAGAGGCUCAGCUUGCAGGAAACCUCAGUGAAACUGAUUUAUAUCAUCACUUUAAAAAAAGUAGUAUAAUUCUUAUUAUAUUAUUAUUAUUUAGUUGUCAACAGUUUCUGCUGUAUUUAGAUGUAAAUAUUUAUAAAUAGUAACCAGCAUGUACAUUUUCUUGAUAUGAUAAUCAAUGAGCAUGCAGAAACAGACAAAAAUGUAAGUAUUAUAUAUUCCAGAAUUUUGUUACAAUUUUUAUAACCACUGUUUCUUGGCAUUGAAAAUACAAAAUCAAUAAAAAGACAAUAGCAUCUUACAA